CAGACUGUAAAGGAUCCGAUACUAGUGUUCUCGGCGUUAUCUUGGUUAUAGAUACAUAUCGCCGCGUAGCUGGGAUUGUGGGAAAGUACCUUCUUCUCAUAAGACGUAUAUAUAGCAUUUAUGUAAGACAACAAACUAAGUUGUUCUUAGAAAUGUUGCAGGCAGUUUCAGCUUCAGAGUGUUGCUAAGUACAUGUAGUUGCCCAACCUACCAACAUACAACCGGGUAGUAAGAUGGUUGCCAUGGUGACGGAUAUAGAAUUGAUUGUCAUAGCGAUUGUUACUAUGCUGACACCGGGAGGGACGUAUCGCCUUAAUUACCCAAGGGAGUGCCCAAGCCCCAUGUACUGCAUAUCAGGACUAAGGGAAGUCAUUCAGAAUGGUCUAGUGGCGCCCCCUGGUGGAGAUUUCAAAUAUUUCAGUGAUAUGUCAUCAAAAGAUGAUCUUGAUGUAAUUCGACGUGCCUUUGAUGAAUUGCAACCCAGAAGUUCAAGCCGACCGUUGACGGUAGCAGUGGUAGAACAGUUCAUCAAUGAAAGCUUCGAAGAUCCAUCUGCAGUGCUUAAGCCCUGGGUGCCAUCAGACUGGACCCCAGAGCCAGACUUCCUGCAGAAUAUACCAGAUUCAAAUGUAAAAGAGUGGGCAAAAGGUUUGCACGACCUUUGGAGGGAUCUAGGCAGGAAGAUAACUGAUGAUGUAAAAACCCAUCCAGACAGACAUUCAUUGAUCUAUGUACCAAAUGGUAUAGUUAUUCCUGGCGAACGCUUCAGAGAAUCUUAUUACUGGGACACAUACUGGAUCAUAAAAGGACUGCUGACUUCUGGUAUGCUACAGACAUCACGAGGGUUAACAGAAAACUUUGUUGCACUUAUAAACAAAUACGGGUUCGUUCCAAAUGGCGGACGGAAGUAUUACAUAUCGAGGAGUCAGCCCCCUCUAUUGGCAGCCAUGGUUAAUACUAUAUACGAAACGACUGGAGAUAUUGAAGACAUACGGUCAACGAUUGAUGCAUUAGAAAAGGAAUAUGAUUUCUGGAUGUUUGAAAGGAAAAAAUCUGUUUAUUACAAAAGGAGCUCAUAUAUUGCUAAUGUAUAUGGAUUCAAUGCAAAAUAUAGAGAACCCAAUGAUGAAGAAAGUUUUGGAAAACUUACUGAACCAUACACGGAUAAUAUGACAAGGGGUGAACAAAUAGGAUUCAUGGAGAACUACACUGCUGCCUGUGAGUCAGGUUGGGAUCAUUCAUCAAGGUGGAUGCAAUAUGAGACAGAUGAUCCUUUAAGGUUUAAAUUGGAAUCAGUGAGGACAAUGAGGGUUGUCCCCGUUGACCUUAAUGCAUAUCUCUGCCAUGUCGAGAUGCUUUUGUCAAAAUUCUACACUAUCUUAGGUGACACGAGCAAAGCAAAUUAUUUUGAUUUAGUAAUCUCAGAUCGGAAACGAAUGAUGCAAACGUUGUUUUGGAACGAGGAAGAAGGAAUAUGGUUUGAUUUUGACCUGGACAAAAAAGAAAAUCUCCCCACGGAUUACUUCUAUGCAUCGAGCUUUGCUCCUCUGUACUUCAAAUGCUACGAUGAAGAUUCUAUACCUAAUCUUGAGGAGAGGAUAAUCAAUUAUGUCAAGAAACAUAAUCUUACAUCAUAUCCAGGUGGAAUACCUGUGUCAAAUCAAUACACUGGUCAACAAUGGGACUACCCUAAUGCAUGGGCUCCCAUGCAACAUAUGAUAAUCGAGGGACUCAAUAUGCUCAACACUAAUGAGUCGAAAUCAAUUGCUCAAACUCUCGCCCUCACUUGGCUAAAGAGUAACUACAUUGGGUGGAGACAGACGGGAUAUAUGUUUGAAAAGUACAAUGCAACACAGUCAGGGGACCCUGGACAAGGUGGCUUGUAUAAAGUGCAGAAGGGAUUUGGUUGGACCAAUGGCGUGGCUCUGUACCUUAUCAACAAAUACAAAGACUCUCUAAUUGUACCCGAUGAUGUUAAUAUAGGGGCAUCUGUUGAUGGUGCUGCGACAUCAGUCAUCGCAUCACCAGUUGUACUCAUAACUGCCUUAGUUGCUUCAUUUGGCGUUUCUUUGGUCAGCGUCUAUGUUUAGGUCGUUUAAUUAUAAUAAGGACAACAUUGAUGAAAAACUUUAGCUUAGCGGAUCUUUUAAAGAAUCUUGUAAGGCCAUGCUCACUACUACUUCACAAAGAUGAAUAAAUCAAAAUAAAUUUAUUGAAAUAAAACAUAUGUACAGA